AUGGAAACAUCCAAAACUCUGAAGAUCUUGAAUGAGACGACAAUAACGAGAGAUCCUUCCACACAAGUUUUCCUCAAGGACAAUCGCGACUUGUCAACCAGAUUUCAUAUCGUUCUUCGGACACACUUACAGCCGCCGCAAUCCUUCACCCUUCACCUACUGCGUGACCAGUAUCUCAAGCACCCCUUCGUACCCGAUGUUAUCGUCAUCGGUCUUGUCCUUGAUCCUCAAACUGCGUGCCGCCUCGCUGAUCACGGUCCUGCGGCUGACGACGAAGACCAGGUUGCCCUUGACAACUUCCCAGAGCGAUUGUUCAACAAAUUCCUAAGUGCCACUUUGGCCUCGAGGAAGACGCAUUCUAAACCUGGCAGUCCUCUUUCGACUCAGUUCUCCGACUCAACGGUUCCAUUUCAAGCAAGUACCGGUGUUUCAACCGGUUUCAAAGGCGCUAUGACGGCGUUUGACAACUUGGUGAAGGCGAUCAAGGCCUUGGAUAACGAGCUCCCAUUGACCCUCUCUACUGUCAGCCCUACAUCAGAACCUUUGCGGUACACCAGCGUCUUCAGUCCUGUCCCUCUACCAGCAUCCUUGGCAACGUCAUUGCCACCCAAUAACUCGCUAUCUCACUCCCAUUGA